AUGGUUUUGAAGAUUUGGGUGAAGGAAAAUCAACCAGCAUGUAAUGUUGCGGUUUUGAUGCUUAGAGUAUGCUCUGGGACUCCCUGUAUAUUCAGAGAAAUACAUCACAAGUUAGACACAUUACUAAGGCAGACGAGUAAUAGUCGAAAACAUGUACCUGAGAAGCCAGCAUUUUUGCCAGUAUCGUCAGUUGAAGAUGUUGAAAAUUUUGAAACUGUUAAUGACGAAGAAUAUAUGAAAUUGGUGAAGUAUCUAGUUUUCAUUGGUGGUUUUAAUGCCAAAGAAAGUAUUGGCUUAUGCAUGAGAGAAGUUUUUCAAGAUCGUUUAAUGACUUCCUACACUUGGUUUGGCCGUGAGGAAAACCAACGGGCACUAUUUAAUACCCGUUUAGUAAAAGCUAUUUACGAUGCUAUCUGUGAAAACAAAAAUUUUGAGAAACCAAUGCGAGCUGCUUUUCAAAGUUAUAUGCGAGAUGCUGUACGUACUGCUAAACAAAGGCAUAGAAAUAAGACUCGCAACAACUUGAAUCCAAAUGAAGGAAAUCAAGAUAAAAGAGCACGCAAUCUAUGGAGUAAUUAAGCUGGUAUAAUCAGAAGAAGAAAAUUAGAUAAACAUGUUCAUGAAGAUAUUGGAAAAAAGGUCAAUGGAGAUAAAUAUUUUCAAUGAGAUUUGGAAGCACUUGUCAUAUCCGAAGCCAUUGUAAUAAACCAUUUUAUUGUUUUGAUUUUAAAAUUAAUUGUUUUAUUGAAAA